CUAUCGUGAUAAUCAAUGCUGAUGACAUUCAUUCAGGUCGGUUGUUCCCUCUGUUUGUUUCUAUAAAAACCAAUUAAUCUGCAAUUUGGCGAUCCUAUUAGCAGCCGCCGGUAGGAAUCUCCGAUCACCGUCGUAUCAUGAAUCCGGAGUAUGACUACUUGUUCAAGCUUUUGCUGAUCGGAGAUUCAGGAGUCGGAAAAUCUUGUCUCCUGCUUAGAUUUGCUGAUGACUCGUAUCUUGACAGUUAUAUAAGUACAAUUGGUGUGGACUUUAAAAUUCGCACUGUGGAUCAGGACGGAAAGACCAUUAAGCUUCAAAUUUGGGACACUGCUGGACAAGAAAGAUUCAGGACGAUUACUAGUAGCUACUAUCGUGGGGCUCACGGCAUUAUCAUAGUUUAUGACGUUACUGAUCUUGAGAGUUUCAACAAUGUUAAACAAUGGUUGGGUGAAAUUGAACGAUACGCAAGUGAAAAUGUAAACAAACUUCUUGUUGGUAACAAAUGUGAUCUCACUGAGAGCAGGGCUGUGUCAUACGAUACAGCAAAGGAAUUUGCGGAUGAAAUUGGCAUUCCGUUUAUGGAAACAAGUGCUAAAGAUGCCACCAAUGUGGAACAAGCUUUCAUGGCUAUGUGUGCUGAUAUUAAGAACAGGAUGGCAAGUCAACCUACUUCCAACAAGAAGCCGCCUACGGUGCAGAUCAAAGGCCAACCAAUUAACCAAAAGAGUGGCUGCUGCUCAAAUUAGGUUAUUUGUGACAUCUUUUAAGCACCGCCAUCUUUUUAUUUUAUUUUUUUAAAGUUUCAUAUCACUAAAGUCUUUAUGAUUAUUAUAUGGGUUGUAAGGACUGGAGUUUAAGUGUCUUGCCAACUAGAAUCAAGUUUUCUUUAUAUUAUAUACAUAGAUGGGGUAGCAUUUUGGCAUACUUGUAAUACAAUUUUAAAUAAUAUACCAGUUGGGUAGUCUUUUUCAGUUCA